UGAUAUCCUCUGCAUGGAAAUUCUUUUGCUUUCAACCACUGAAGGGAACCAGUGUGAGGUGCAGUCCCUGCUUGGCUCGCACAAAGGAAAUCAAUCCCCUCCGUAGGCCUAUUAAUUACCUUCUGCAGAAAACAUGGAAAAAAGGACACCAGCCAAAGAGCUGAACGUCAUCAUGUUGGGAUCAAAAAGCUCCCACAAAUAUCUCGUUGGGAACAUCAUCCUGGGAACGAGUGCGUUUGACGCAGCAGAUGCAACAUUUGAUGCUGUGAGCCGAGCGGGAGAGGUAUGCGGGAGAAGCGUGACACUGGUAAAUGCCCCCGGGUGGCUGCGAGCAUAUAAACUCUGUGAUACGCCAGCACUUGUCAGGACGGAGGCGAUUCUCAGCGUCACCCUCUGUCCACCUGAAGUGCAUGGAUUUAUCCUGGUGAUUAAUACCGAGCAGCCAUUCAGAAGGGUACACAAGAAGGCAACCAAGGAGCACUUGGAGCAUUUUUUCGGUGCGAAGGUGUGGGAUCACACUUUCGUGGUGUUCACCCACAGAGGCGAACAAGGCCACAAGACCAUUGAGGAUUACAUCAGAGAGGAAGGGGCGCCGCUGAAGUCGCUCCUGGAGACCUGUGGUAACAGAUACCAUGAUCUUUGCGACGAAGGCGCAGACAACAGCGCGAAAGUCAAAGAGCUGUUUGAGAAGAUUGACACCGUGGUGGCAGGAAACCAUUACGAAGUUGAGAGCACGCUGGUGCAAAGUGUGAAGGAGCUCAGGAAAAAGGUGGACGAAAAAGCAGAGAAGUUGUUUCAGCAGUCACAACAAUGCAGGCAAACACUCAGAGGUCUCCUGUUAGACCCAAAGCCCAACCUGAGGAUACUGAUGGUUGGCUGGGUGUUUUCCGGGAAGAGUGCCACUGGAAACAGGAUUCUGGGAGCUCAAGUGUUUCAGUCUGGUGACCGGACCGUGAGAGCCUCAAAGCAAAUUGGCGAGGUGGCUGGAAGAGAGGUCACCAUCGUGGACACUCCUGGAUGGUGGAAAUUCUUUGCAGCUGUAUUCAACUCCGCUGACAUGAAGUCUGAGAUCUUAAGCGCCGUGUCACUGUGCUCGCCUGCACCGAAUGUCAUUUUGCUGGUGGUGCCACUCGACACGUCGUUCACCGAGGAACAAAGGCUAGUCACCGAGGAGAACAUGAGGCUGCUCGGACCCAGAGUGUGGAGACACGUCAUUGUGCUGUUUACUUUCGGGGACGUUCAGGGGAAGCAAACAAUCGAGCAGCACAUUGAAGGUGAAGGAAAGCCGCUCCGCUGGCUCAUUGAGAAAUGUGGAAACAGGUAUCACGUGCUGGACAACAGGAGCAGAGAAGAUGAUCAGGUUACAGAGCUGCUGAUGAGGAUGGAGGAGAUGGUGGCGGGAAACAGCACUUUCUACCUGAGUGAGACACAUGAUGAUCCACAAGCUGAGCGAGACGGAGGCGACAGCUUCAGUGAGAAAAAUUAUGAGAACACAGCCAAAGAGAUCAGAAAGCAUCUCAACAUCGCCCGGAAUCGCACAAACUGGGAACACGAAAGUAUGGAUAUACCACUAAGCUUUAAAAAAGACACACAGAUGUCUGAGGAUCCAGCGAGAGACAAUGGAGCGACAGGGCACCAACAUGAAGAUGACCAGUCGUCAGUGAAAUCCGGCGCUGGUCUAGAAGUUGAGAGUGAAGAUGAUACAUGUUAUGGCUCUCUGAAGAACAUGAAGGGAUUGCUGGAGAGAGAGUGGAGCAGACAGGAGGCUUCGAUGGAGUUUCACGACGAGCUCUGUGCAGACAAGAAAGGCGAUGAACCGGAUAUGGAUCAGCGGCAGGAAUCCAGAGAUAAAGUGCUGGCAUGGCUGGAAGUCCUUCAUAUAACAUCAGGCAGAAAAAGAGAAUUAACAUGGGAAAAAGAGGUUUUUCUUUCUUAGGUUCUCCUAAGAAACAAACUGGAGGGACGGCUACGAGGAAGAAGGAAUCAACUAAAAAGUAUUAAUGAGAUUAAAUGAUAUCACCCCACACUCAAGGUUACUGUGGUCACACUGGGUAAUACAAGAUGCGAUGACUGUACGUCUGAUUGUUGUUACCUGACCAGCAUAGAACAUAUUGAUUUAUAAAUGUGUUGCAAUAGUAUUGCAAUGUAGUAGAUCAUAUAACAAUUUUUUUAUUAUGUUUUAUAAUACAUAAAUGUUAUAAUAUACCAAAUGUUGUAUUACGUCGCAAAUGGAAGUGUCAAGAUUUACUUUGUAUCAGAAUGAUUUAGUGACAGAAGAGGGAUUUGGGGAUUUAUAAUAAAAAAAAAUUAUAUUUACAUGGACGAUAUGUUUGUGUAUAUCAACUGUAUAUAGGAGGUGCCUUUUUGAACAAGUGAUGUAAUUUGGCAAAAGAGUGGAGACACAACCCACGCAAUUGUCUGAACUACCUGAAAUGACAUGAAACCAUCUUUGGGGGUAAUACAAUUAAAUAAAUACAGGUAUAAUGUCCGGUGGAAAGUCGCAUAUUCGCUCACAUGGAGGGGGUGAGGUUUAAAGCUUAAAAAAUAUUUACAUCAUCAUAUUCCUAGUUUCAUUUGUUAAAUUUAAAUGUAAAUAUUUUUAAUUUACUUGUUUUGUGAAGAUAUAUGUGAUUAAAGAUUUUACUAUUAUCAUGCUGCAGCCAGAGGGCGAUCAAGAUACUUUGGUCAAAGGUCAAGGCUACUCUGAUGUCAUAAACACGUUUAUUUCAUCGCAAGGCAAUCAUUAAUAUGCUAAUUUGUUUCAGACAAAUGUCAGAUUUAAUGAGGUUGACAUUUUAUAUACAAAAAGUCAAAGUCCAACUUCACUGUGACAUCUUGAUGUGCUGCAAAAACACUAUUCUGGACGUUUUUCAGCACAGUAACUUCGAAACAGAAGGGGAUAUUGUGACCAAAUUUCCUGCAACUUGAUUAUUUUUUUGUCCCAAUGCAUGUGUGUGUGUGUGUGUGUGUGCACUGCAUUAUUGUCUUUACUGAAAUUGAGAUACUUUUUCCAAAUCCAUAUAAAACCGCACAAACAGUAUAGCCGGAUGUUGAAGUCCAAUGUUGAAAUGCUGUGAUAGGACGAAUAAAGCUGAAUCCAAUUUUCUGA